AUGUCAACGGACGCCAAUGAAAACACUAAUCCUGUGAAUAAUGAAACGCACAACAAUGACGGUGUAGGGGAAACAAAACCGGCAGCUGCUGCUGGCGACGCGACGAAUUGUGCAAAACGCGCAGCCCUGGUCGAUUUGGACGAAGAAGAAAAUUCGAAACGCAUGAAAGUAGAAGUGUACGAUCUUGCGGAAACGAUGGGUUUCAAGGCUGGGGAUCGUUUGGAGGUAGAGUGGGAAAUUGUGGACGCGUCGUCGACACCGGGGACACACGAAGCAGAUGAUGCUCUAGCAAGAACGCGCUGGUGGGGCGCGACUUUGAUGGAGCAUGACGGGAGAACGGAAGAUUCUGUGGCGAUCCGCACGCUCGAUUAUGAUCCGUACGUGGAAGGAGGAUUUCCUGAUCAUUCGAAAGAAGAUGUCAUUUUCUUGGGCCGUGAUCUGCUGGUCGAUCCCGUUACACAAACAGAACUGCAGUUCCGUCGGCAAGGUGCUGAAGAGGAGGACACUGUGUACGUGGGGCGCGAAGAUAUUGAGAGCAUCGUGAACGCAACACUUGCCCAGGCGUUGCAAAGGAAUCAAAGCUCGUGGAAUGCGAUGGAACCAUCAAAACAGGCUUUCAUUGCAUCGAUGAUUGCUGAAAAGAAGGAAAAGCUUACCGAGCUUCUUUCGAGCCACGCCGACGCGAACGGUGUUGUUACUGCGGACGACAUGCGCACCAUAUUGACGCAAACGAUGGAGCUUUGA